AUGGCCGGCCCCAAAAAUGGCCAACCCCGUGAUCAUCGGAUUGGAGUGCCUGGGGCUGUUUCGUUUGUUUGCGGGGCCAUCAUCGGCUCCGGAAUCUUCCUUUCGCCUUCUACUGUCAUGAAAGCGACUAGUUCGGUAAGUUUAACUUUUUUGUCAUCGUUUUUUGUUAAGUUUUGAAAUGAACUUAUUAUAAUACAGGGUGUUUCAAGAAAUUUGGCAGAAACUAGUUGCGAAUAUUUCUGAGCUCUUGCUAGUUAUCGCAGAAAUUCUUUUUGUUUCUGAAACUUGACAGCGGGCGGUUUUGUACUGAACAAAAAAAUUUUUUCGUCGGCGGAGAGGCCAGUUCUCGGCGGAGGCAUUUGGGGCCUUUUUUAAAAAUCACACCUUAUUACAUCGUGGAAACUCUGUUACAGUGGCCAAAAUCAUGUUUACGUUAAACCUCCGUGGAUUUUGCGGUAUGCUUUUUUUGCGUUUUCGAUUUUACACAACAUCCGCGGAGGCGCGGCGGAGACCUCAGAUUUCGGCGGACUUUGUUUUGGGCCCUCGGUUUUUGCAAAUCCAUGUUGGAAAAAAGGUUGGGGCGAUUUUUUGUUGUCAUCCGAUGCACAGAGGGCAAAAAUUUUGUACUUUUUUCCCCGGCGGAGGAUUCGGCGGAGGCUUUCUCAAAGGGUCAAAACAAAAUUUUGACUCUUUUGAUAAAGCCUCCGCCGAAACCUCCGCCGAUGUGUCCGCCGGAUCAAAAAAUAAGAAAAAUGGUGUUGCUGUGAUGGAUUCUUGUAGCUGAGUUUUUUCCCGGACUCCUAAGACUGUUCUGACCCUUUGGUAAAGCCUCCGCCGAAUCCUCCGCCGGGGAAAAAAGUGCGAAAUUUUUGCAUCUGUGCAUCGGGUGACAACAAAAAAUCACCCCACACUUUUUUCCAACCUGAAUUGAAUGAUCCAAAGGCUCAAAACGACGUCCGCCGAAACCUGAGGUCUCCGCCGUGCCUCCGCGGAUGAGCGAAAAUCGAAAACAAAAAAAGCAUACCGCAAAAUCCACGGAGGUUUAACGUAAACAUGAUUUUGGCCACUGUAACAGAGUUUCCACGAUGUAAUAAGGUGUGAUUUUUAAAAAAGGCCCCAAAUGCCUCCGCCGAGAACUGGCCUCUCCGCCGACGAAAAAAAUUUUUUUUUGUUCAGUACAAAACCGCCCGCUGUCAAGUUUUAGAAACAAAAAGAAUUUCUGCGAUAACUAGCAAGAGCUCAAUAAUAUUCGCAACUAGUUUCUGCCAAAUUUCUUGAAACACCCUGUAUAAUCUCUAGAUGGGCCUGGCGUUGACUAUUUGGGGCGUGUCGGCAAUUGUCUCCGUAAUGGGAGCGUUUUGCUAUGUCGAACUUGGCACUGCUAUUCAAAAAUCGGGCGGGGAUUUUGCUUACAUGCAGCACAUGGGAUGGUAAGUCAGCAAAAAUCAUUGAAUUUGACUGUGAAAUCGUUACUUCAGACUUUGAAAAACAUACUUUUUCAGGAAGAAAAUUUCAUUUUCAUUUGGAGCCAUGUUGUCGACCAUCUUAUAUCCGGCUACAACGGCUAUUCAAUCGCGAACUUUUGCCGAGUAUUUGGUUGAAGGUCUCAGAAUGAGGUUUGAGAAUGAAUCGCAGGCCUACUGGUAUAAGAUUGGAAUCAGCUUCUCUCUGGUUUGUAAGUUGAUGCAAAAUUUAUGACAAAAAAAUUGAUACCAGUUUCAACUUUCCUAAUUAUGCACUUCCAGUAUUUCUCAUGUGCCUCAACUUCUUCUCCAUUAAAACCGUCGUGUCUCGAUUCCAAAUGGUGGCCUCUUGUGCCAAGGUCUCAUCGACCAUUCUUGUGAUUUUGGUCGGAUUCUACUGGUUGAUCUUUUAUCAGAAGACCGAAAAUCUCUCGGAGCCUUUUGCUGGCUCCAAGGCUGAUCCCGCUUCUAUUGCCAGUGCUUUCUUCGCCGGUUUAUUCGCUUACGAUGGCUGGGAUGUUCUGAAUUUGGGAGCUGAGGAAAUAAAAAAUCCUAGACGGUAAGAGGAAUUGAUGACUUUGAAAUGUCUCCCUAAUUUUUCAGAACAUUCCCUCUGGCAAUUUCUCUUGGAAUGGGACUUGUUGCAGUUAUCUUUGUCCUGGUCAACCUUUCGUAUUCAAUUAUUUUGACAGUCCCGCAGAUUCAAGGGUCAGAUGCUGUGGCGAUGGUAAGUGGAGUAGCUCUUAUAUGACUAGAAAUGUCAUCAUUAAUCUAUUUAUAAUAUUAAUCAAUAAUUAAUCGAUCAUUUCAGAUCUUUGCCCGUGAAGCCAUGGGACCCUUCCAAUUUAUCAUGCCUUUGAUGGUAUCUGUAGUUUUGAUCGGAUCCGUUAACAGCAAUUUAUUCUGCGGAUCACGGUAAGUGUAAUGCCAAUACAUCGUACUUGGAAGCUCUCUUUUACCAAAUCCAAACCAUUUUCCUUUACUUUACAGCAACUUUUUUUUCAGAAUUACCCAUGCCAUCGCCCGUGCUGGCUGUCUUCCGCCGUUCCUUUCUGUGUGGAAUCCCACUCAUGGCUCGCCCCGAGCAGCCAUCGUAUUCCAAGUCGUCCUCGCUUUCGUUAUCGCUCUCUCCGCCGACAUUGCGCAAAUGCUCAACUACGCAGGCUUCACCCAAUGGGCUCAGCGAGUCGUUACUGUCUCCAUUCUGUUAUACAUCCGAUUCAAAGGCCUGGAAGUGUCGGAUCAGCGGAUUCGAAGUCCAAUCAUCGUCCCGAUUGUCUUCUUUUUAUGCUCUUCAUCGUUGGUGCUGACCUCAAUCCUCAGUCAGCCGGAUGUCGCGGCCGUUGGGCUGGGACUGCUGAUCGGCGCGAUGACUGUUUAUAUGAUCUUCGUCCAUGAAAGCGCUUUGCCCAGAUUUGAAUGGUACAAAGUGUUGGUCAACAAUGCGAAUCGUAAGUAAUUUCUGUAGCAAUAAAGUCACUGGAUUGCAGAAUGUCUCAACAAAUUUACGGAAUGGAUUCUGAACGGGGAAGUACAACAAUCGCAGAUUCUGAACACCCAAGAAGAAGAGAAAAAAGAGGAAUCGGAAGAGCCUCUCAAUCCAGUAAAUCCAACGGUUGAAGAGGACCAAGAUACGGACAUUACUGCCGAAGGAAAAGUGUAA